GGUCACUGGCUCUUCUCUUCUCCUGAAGAAGAGGAGAGGACUCCUCAGAGGGAGGGAGCCUUCAUUCAUCACCAGGCCGUGCACUGCUGGGUCAUCAAAUCAAAUGCUUCUUCUCUCUUAAUUCCCCUCCUUCUUCCUUCUCCUGCCGCGGCAGCUUAAAAAGGCAUUCUCGGUGCCCCCCUGUGACCUCACUCGGUGAAACAACUCGCGGUAGUAGCAAUCCUAGUAUCUUUGCCACUAGUGGUACUUGCUGCUAGCUGCUGCUGUUUGGACAACGGGAGUUCUUUGUUUAGAUGGAAGGAGGAGGCGUGGAGGGGGUGAUGAGGGUGCUGCUGGUGGACGACUCCCCGGUGGACAGGAAGGUCGUGGAGCUGGUGCUCGGCAGCAGCGCCUGCGCCGGCUCUUUCCACGUUAUCGCCGUCGACAGCGCCAAGAAGGCCAUGGAGUUCCUCGGCUUGAAGGACGGCAAGGAGCAGCAGGACAUCGACAUGGUGCUCACUGACUACUGCAUGCCGGAGAUGACAGGGUACGACCUUCUCAAAGCCAUCAAGGCGCUGAGCCCCCUGAAACCCAUCCCGGUGAUCGUCAUGUCCUCGGAGAACGAGCCCCAGAGGAUCAGCAGAUGCCUCAAAGCUGGUGCUGAAGAUUACAUCGUGAAGCCUCUGCGGAGCAAGGAUGUCCCACGCUUGAUGAGCUGCUCAAACGUGAAACCGAAGGACACGCUGUGUAAUACCGUGAGCAAGAAGAAGCUGCCUGCAGACCAUAUCGUCGUCGACGGCACGCCCUCGUCAGGACGGCGAGCACACCUCACUGAAAUUGCCAUGAUUCUGCAUUCGUCGAGCGCUGGGCUCUCACACUACUUCCCAUUCCUCUUCAAGAUCAUCCUGCUGGUGUACGCCAUCCUUUGUCUUGGUGAGCUCCUGCACAGAUGGUCAAACGGGUGCUUCCUCUCACUGUGGUGAUGAUUCAGUCCAUGACAUGCUGCAACCCUGCAAGGAGUGGCAUUUCUGUAGCUUCUGCGGUGAGCACUGAGCAGUGACCCCUCACCGUGCUUCAACAACCAUGGAUGGAGCUCUAGGUAGAUUUAUUUGCUUUUGAGAUUCUAACCGGGCGUUGGUUCUUCGCCUUUGGCUGAUGAGUCAAGGAAGAACCCCUUGUAUCCUUGUACAAAACGCAUAAUGAGGCAGGCAAUAUCUGAUGUCCCUUUUGGCGUGGAUCUUGGCUGAUCUGCUGAUGUGACAUUCAGGGAACUUUUUCUUU